AUGUCCACGAGGCAUGAGUCGCGCAAUCACGUCCUCCUCCAGACCUUUGAAUGGUACACGGAGCCUCCCGAGAACACAUCCCACUACGCCUCGUUAACCCAACUCCUGCCAUGGUUCUGCGACAUUGGAAUUACAAGCCUCUGGCUUCCUCCCGGCUGCAAGGCGAACAAUCCGCGGGGCAAUGGCUAUGACAUCUACGAUUUGUGGGAUCUCGGCGAAUUUGAGCAAAAGGGCAGCAAGAGCACGAAAUGGGGCGGUCGGGAUGACUUAAAUGCGCUCAUACGCAAGGCGAAAGAGCUUGGCGUCGGUGUAAUAUGGGAUGCCGUGUUGAACCACAAGCAAGGUGGAGACAGCACAGAAAGUGGUAUUUGGGCAGUUGAAGUGGAUCCAAAAGAUAGGAGGUAUGAAAUCCGCCCACCCAAGCAGAUUGAAGCUUGGCUGCGAUAUGACUUUCCUGGACGAGAGGCGGAAGGGAUGAAGUACAGUGGAAUGAAAUGGCGGGCUCAUCACUUCAACGGCACCGAUUGGGAUCAGAGGGCGCAGAAGAAUGCCAUUUACAAGCUGAUCGACGAUCCCUCCACACAUCCACCGUUUGAACAGCCUCGAAAAGGUUGGGCCGACGAUGUCGACGGGGAGCACGGCAAUAACGACUAUCUCCUCUUCUCCAACAUCGACCACUCCCAUCCGGAAGUCCGACAAGAUCUUUUUGACUGGGGGUGCUGGAUGGUCGAUGACGUGGGUGUGCAAGGCUUUCGUCUCGACGCCGUGCAGCACUUUUCAUACAGCUUCACUAAACAGUGGAUCCAUCACGUGCGCAAAGCCUGUCAGCAGAUAGGGGACAGCGAGUCGUUCGUGGUGGGCGAGAUCUGGACGGGUGAAGUAUCCCGCAUCACGAAAUGGCUGGAUGCUGUGCAAGAGCGGCAGGCACCGCAAGUACACGCCUACGACUCCCCACUGCUGUAUAACUUCUCACGCAUAUCCGAAGACGUGAGAACGAAGUCGAAGAAUGCAGACCUGCGGACGAUUCUUCGAGGCUCACUACUGGAGCAAAGAGCAGACGCCGCCGUAACGAUUGUAACGAAUCACGACACACAGCCCGGACAGACCUGCUUCACUCCAAUGAUGGCUAUACUCAAGCCUCUCUUCUACGCCUUCAUCCUCCUCCGUAACGAAGGCUAUCCCUGUGUAUUUUGGGGUGAUAUCUUUGGGACGAACGGACCGCAUGCAGAGGGCCCACCAUGCUUGGUACUCGAUGAGCAAGGCAGAAAGCGCAACGUGCUGCUGGACCUCAUCUACUGCAGAAAGUUGUUCGCCUACGGCGCGCAGCGCGACUAUUGGUUUAGCAACAGCUGCAUCGGAUGGACGAGGGCUGGCGACGAAGAUGAUUCGGGCUGUGCUGUUUUGCUGAACAUCGGACCCAAGGCCGCGGUGCAGAGGAUGCAGAUUGGGAAGAGUGGAGAGUUGUGGCAGGAUGCCUUGCGCCGAGGCCAUCGGGAUGUCAAGAUCGACGCCAGAGGCUGGGGAGCAUUUGAAAGCCGGUCGUAUGCCGUCGCGGUGUACAUUCGGAAGGAUGCACUGGAGAAGUCGAAAUUUCCGGUACAAUAA